AUGGUGGGAUGUGAUUCUUGUUACGAAUACUAUCACAUUGGUUGUCUUGAUCCGCCUCUUGAAAAAGUCCCGAAGAAAGUCAAUUGUGAGUGGCACUGCGCUGACUGUUGUGACAAUAGUGGCGAAGAAGAGGAAAACGAAGACAAUGAAGAUAAUUCGAACGAUGGCGUCGGUAACCGUAGGCUGCGGCAACGUCGGGACAGCCUCAGAGCGAAACGGCUAGCUGCGGUUGAGGAAGAAAAGCGUGCAUACAGAGCUGCCAUUGCCGCAGGUGUUCGCAGUGCCGGCUCUUCUCACAAGAGUCCUGAUACAAAAAAAGCGCCCACAAAGCGUACAUCGCUCGGUAGUUUACCUAAAAAUUCGACGCCAUUGAAACGCCAGCGACAGGACCAAAUCAACGGGCACAAAUCAAACGGGUUUUCAUCGGCUCAGCAGGCCAAAUAUGUGCCGGAAGAGGAAGAGCUAGGAGAGGAUUGCUUUGUUAUUCUAGACGAUGACGAAGUGGAACUUUAG